AUGCUACCCGUAUUGAUCUUCACGUCGAUUAUGACGCUUUUCUUCUUUGGCUUUAAUGGAGAACGAAUUAUCGAUGCAGCCGCCCUGACAGGUCCACAAAUCGCCGUGCGUGCAGGAAAAUCUUUCUGUGGAUUACUUAUGAUUUGCGGAUCGGCAUAUGGCCUUCAAAGCCUCCUUGACGGCGAAGUCCCAACCCUUCAAUCUGGAGAAUUCCACAUAUUUGCUUCAAAUGGGACAUCUGCAGCAUACUCGCAUGAUCCUUUCAGGUCGACGAUAUUGGAGGAUCCCGCUACUAAAUUCUGGUAUUCGACUAGGCAAACGCCAGUGCCUUAUUUCAAUCCAGAUGGCACCCUAUGGGGUCAUACAGCGCCAGAUGCGAGGAAAGUCGAAGAAUAUAAUGCGGUUCAGAAUAUGAUGAACUUUGCAUUUUUCGGUUUCUUGAUCGGUGUCUUUGUGUACAUUUGUAUCCAGAUAUUGAAUAAGAUUUUCCGGUUGUUCUUUGAAGGGAAUUGGUCGCAAAUUCAUACACAGGAAGCCCUGGGUUUUCACACGUUGAACGUCAACCCAAUCAGCCAGACACCGGCAGACCCCUCGAUCAAGGAUAGUUUAGACAAGAUUCUAAACGCCGUGAGAACGACACCAACAAGACCUGAAGUUCGCCUCGGAUCUGGAGACCCGGGCAGCGAACAUCACGACACUCUCGAAACGAUUCGUACGGAAAUCACCUCGAACAACACAGCACAAUCGCGAGCUAGUGGUCGUUUGUCAACUAGAAUGGAAGGUAUGGAAGAAAGGAUUCGUGAACGACUUCAAGAGAGUGAUGCUGAGGCGCGACAAUACUUUGGAGAUAUACGAAGACUAGUUGAGGCUUUUAGUCGACAAUAUGUAAAUGACCAGAACGUGAACAAUACAAAUGAUGAAGAUGUCAGAACAAGGCUGCAGAAUCUGGACGCCCAGAUUCAGGCCCUGAAUGCGAUUGUUGGAGGGUUCAAUCUCAAUGAUACAAAUAGCAGAAUCGUCUCCAUAGAUGCGAAGAUUGAACGGCUUAUCAAUCUUUUCAACACCAGAGACCUCAAUGACAGGACCCAAAGCUCAAAUGAAACGGUCGAAGAACUGAGCAUUGAUAUGUUCGGAGCCUUGGAACGAAGGAUGGAACAAGUCAACGAUUCUCUACGGGCCUUAGAAGCUAAGUACGAUCAACUAAGCCAACUUGUUCGAGCCAAUAAUUUGGACAGCAAGAUCACGACCUUUGGUGAAAGUCUCGAUCAGGUGCAUGACCAGACUUCGAAAGCGUUGACUGUUGACAGCCUGGAGUUCAAAACCCUGAACGACCGGGUCAGUACUAUUCAGACCCAGGUAACGGGAGUAUCACUCGACUUGACAGGUCACAAUACCUCGACUGAGGGAUUCAAUCGGGAAAUGAAUCAGAAAGUCGAAAAUUUGGAGAGAGAGAUACAGAAAGUAAGCAACAAGAUCGGCAAAUAUCGAAUGUUGGAAGCGAAGAUCGACGGAUUGCAGACGGAGGUGACAGAUAGUUUCAAGCUCACAGCCCGUCAAAGCGACGUUCAGUUAGUGAGUACAAAUGUCAAAGACAUGCAAAAGGGACUGCAGACAGUCAUAGAUAUACCGGAAAGAGUUCAAAAGAUACAAAAAGAUAUCUCGAAGUUUUCAAAUCUCGGAGGUGAUGUUCGAUCUAUGAGUGAGAAACUCGAGGACAUGCAAGGGGAAUUGCAAAACAUCAUGCCCGUUACAGGAGAAUUUAAGGAGAUACGGAAAGAAAUAUCAAAGUUAUCAAACACUGCUGGCCUGAGAAUUGGUUACUUGAACGAAGAUCUCGGGGAAGAUGUUCGAUCUUCGAAUGAGCGACUCGACAAGAUGCAGCAGCAGAUCAACAGCAUGCCAGGAGAAGUCGAGAAACUAGACAGAAAAACUCAAGACUUGAUUCGACAAAAUCAUGAUUCGGUUCUAUCCAAAUUGGAGGCCAGCCAAUGCAACUGUCAAAAUACGUUGACUAUGACGCAAGAAGAAAUGCCAAAGAUCAACCAAAUGCAUGGAACAGUUCAUGACUUGCGUCAGGAGGUUGAAGACAUACAAGAAGUACAAAAGUUGCAUACUUCAGCAGUCUCUAAAUUGGAAGCGAACCUUCGAGAACUGGAUAGCCGGCUGAUCGGUCAAGAGACGCGAGCGGAUGAAAUCGAAAAAUUGCAUGAAGAGAGGCUUGACAGGAAUGAAGAGAGUCUCAGCACGCAUCAAAAUAGGUUGAAUACGCACGGAGAAACCAUGAGCGUUCUACGGAUUGAUCUCGACAGAAUCAAAGAGGAGAAUGAGAAGAAUCCAGAGGCCCCACGACGGAAAAUUGGCAGAGCUGAUGUAGAGGACGACAGUGUGGAGGAGCUAGUUCAGAUACUUGCCAAGCAGGCAAUCGAUUUGUAUGUGACUAACCAUUUUGACGUGUUGAAACCCCAACUUGAGACCGACCUUCGUGAUCAAAUCAAAGAACUGGAUUUGGAGCUCUGGAAAGAACGCUUUGGUUAUGUAAAGAAAAUGACUGGAACUUUCGAAGAAUUCAAGUGCAAAUGCAAUCUUGGUGGUCUUGAGGAUAGAGUUGGAAAAUUGGAAGAGGGAAUCGAAAGAUCCGGGUGCACAUGCAACCCUGCUGAUUUUGCAGAAAAUGCUGCUGAUCCCGGACCUGUCAAAGAGCUCAUGACUGAGAACUAUGCUAAGUUGGAGAAAAAGGUUGAGGAUAAACUCAAAACCAUGAAGCAGGGAUUGGAAUCCGUUGAAAGGGCUCUUAAAGCUCAGAAUUGCACUGAGUUGGAGAAAAAGAUGGAGGAUAGACUUACAAUCCUCGAGGAGAAUUUGGAUACUUUUGAAGAGGCGAGAGCAAAGGAUGGCGUUCAACUCGAAGAUGUAGACGGACGACUCAGAGGAAUAGAAGAUCAAACUCAGAAGACAAAUGACUUUUUCUUCCAAAGGUUUAGCUCGACUAUCAGAACCCGUUCAGGCAUUAGUCAACCAGAAAUUGCCGAUCAGAAGAUACAGGAGUUGGCAAACUUGAUCCAGAAGGAAGGCAUUGGUUAUACCAUCCGCCAAAUGAUGAACUAUGUCGACGGGCUUUCUAAAGGAAUGAAUUUCUUAAGAAAGACUGUGUGCGGGGACUUGUCCAUAGAACCUGUUGGGUCAAUAUUCGAACAGUUGGAUAUAAUUCGGACGGAGUUAGGUGCUCUCUCAUAUGUAUACAACCUUCCGGCCGUUCAAAAAGUUCUCCAGGAAAUCGAUCAAGCCGAGACUCAGACUUUAGCGUUCACGCAGUCAUAUGAUCAACAGAUCGCUCCUGCUCAAGAGACACCAGCACCAUCUCAGUCAGAUACUCCAAUGGUUCCUCAGUCCAGCUCAGUUUCCCAACCUAUUCUAAGACGUCAGGUCUCGGAUACAGACGAGGUACCUACUGAAAUGCGGGCGAUUUUGGCACAUGGCCCGCCCCGUGCAGACAGCUCGGUAUCUUAUGCCUCUCAGUCCAAACAACCAAAUACUUCCACGCAAACUGCUCUUCUGCAGCAGUUCUCUCCUGUGCUUCAGACUACUAGGACCCCAGGCUGGGUCAGUGUCAGUCAACAAGCUUCACCACCGUAUCAGCCCCAUGCUCAAGACAACACAGUAUGCCAAACCGACGUUACUUCUGAAGAGCAGAUUACCGAACCGCAAGCUAAGCCCGUCAAUAUUGCUAAUCGCAAAAUCAAAGUGCCAAUGUCUCGAAGGAAGUCACAUCAGAAGCAGCAACAGCUGUCGCCAACUACAGAUCUCACAUUCCAAUCUCAACAGCAGUUACAGCAGUCGCCAGCGACAGGUUCCCAAUCCCAAUCCCAGCCCCAACAACAGCAACGGCAUCAGCAGCAACCGGCUCGGCAGGACCAACAGGAUGAUCAGACUCUGCAGCCGCUCAUGUUCGAGGACAUAAUUGACGAGAGCAUGCUCGCCGAUCCGACCACGACAGAUGCUCCGGAAAUUACAGCGCAGCCACCAUCACCACCACCACAGGUGGGCCCAGAAGCACAAGCAAUGUUAGAAGCAGAAGCAACGGAAAGAGCCCAGCCUCAUGGGACCUAUGACGAGCUCUUCGACGAUUUCUUCGACGAUGACGAUGAUGCAAUUAAUGCAGCCCUGGAUGAAGAAGAGAAAAAACAGGAAGAAGUAGAAGAAGAGGAGAGAAAAAGAAACUAUCCACUAAGUCUUCCCGGAGAUUUUCAGGCGGCCAAUGUGCUCGAAMCCMCCCAGGCUGAGACGAGCCGGGCUGCCACUCAGGAACCUUCGCAAAGUCAAGGAAGAUCGUUAUCCCAAGGACAAGGGACUGUAUCCGGGAUACAGAAAGAUGUACCUCCACCAGCUGAAAAAAGCAAGCCGGUCAAGACUUCACAAGAGCGAAAGAAAGUAGACGAAUCUAUCAAGCAACAGAACAAAUCAUCAAAUGUUAGUUCAUCGGCUCCAAAACAGACGGAUAAAAAGCCACGAAGCAACUCAAAGCCUAUUCCUAUCAAGGCUCCAGAGGGAAAAAAGGGGGAAGAUGAUGGAUAUUGGCAAAAGGCUCUACCUCCUUUACUUCCUUUGGACAAGGACUUCAAACGAUUUGCUCCAAAAGAAGCGGGUAACCAGCCACAACGCAACACGACAAGCAAUCCGGCUACCACUUCAAGGGAGACGCCUGGGCCUGUUAGGCCUACCAGACCGACCUCUUCGCCCUUCCUGGGGCAAUCAAAAAGUCGGAGUCAAUUGACUGAAAGGCUGAGAGGCGCAGCACCGAAAUCUCAAGGGCCGUCAUUGAGCGCGAGUCGAUGGGCGAAAGAGGAUGAUUCGGCGCCAAAAGACAAAGAAGUAAGAAAUUCAGCUGAGGCUUCAGAGGAGCAAAAGGAGGUAACUCAAGCAGCCGAACAAGUCUCUUCAGAAGAGGAGGCCGAUGAGGGAUGGGACGACCCAGGACUCAGACAUAACGCUGCAUUAGAAGUCUUGUCGAGCUAUAAAGGAACACCAUUAAGUGCAAGUCGAUGGGCCGAUGAAUCAGAGGGAAAUGAGGAGCCAAGUAGAAAAGAUGAGCCGCGUGAGGGUGUCGAUAAAAAAAUCACUGGCCAGAAGAGUUUGGCCACUAUAGCGAAACAGAAGGACAAGGCAACAAGUGAUGAUAUAUCAAGCACUCCUUCUAAGGGAUUGGACGACCAAAAUGUCAGACAUCGAACAGUCGUCGAAGGCCCGGAGAUUUAUAAAGGGUCACCAUUAGGCACAACUCAAUGGGCUGAUGAAUCAGAGGAACAGAUGGAAACAGCACCAACACCAAAAAGUGAAACAAGAGACAGUCCAGCUGUACAAGCCAAAGGAGAUGAAGAAUUGGCAAACGAAACUUUGCCGGGUACGCCAGAUAAAUGGAAUCAAUGGGCCUCAUCAACAGGUGGAGUUAAAAGCAGCCCAGCGAUGACACCGGGCGAGAGACAAGCGGAACGUCGGGCGGUCAAAGAAGAUGAAAAGAAGAAUACGGAGGGAGAUAUCAGAAUAAAGGGAGAGGGGGAGGACGUGGCGGCAGGAAAUAAUGCCGCUAGCUCUUCAGCUGAGGAAUCAGAGAGCAAAUUGAGAAAGGAAAGUAUGGAGGAAGGCUCUGUGCAAGAGCUCGCUAUGGCUCUUUUAUAUCGCGGCUUAGGGCUCAGGGGUCCCGUCAAGGCAUCACAAAGGACUGAACCUGGCUCCCAAGACCCUAUUGCCGAGUAUCAGAAUGAACCGACAGUAAACGGCGAAGGCGGCUCUUUUGCAGACGUGAAUGGGUAG